UUCGCCGGAAUCGGACGAUGGGCUGAGCGUGCCGGUACGGCUCCGGUCAGAGGGGAUUCAUACCUGGUCUGAGACUUUGUUCUGGAUCCACAUUUCGUCCACAGCCGCUGCUCGCUCCGGUCAGACAUGCAGAGAGUUGUCAUUGUAACCGGCGCCAACAGCGGCAUUGGCCUGGCGUUGUGUGAGAGGCUGCUGACUGAGGACAGCCAGCUUCGUCUGUGCCUGGCCUGCAGAAACAUGCAGCGGGCUGAGGCAGCCCGCUCCGCCCUGCUGACCUCUCAUACCAACGCACAUGUGGACCUGCUGCACCUUGAUGUGGGCUCUGUGCAGUCGGUGCUCACUGCAGCUCAGGAGGUCAAGGCCAGGUACAGCAGAAUUGACUUUCUGUAUCUAAAUGCAGGAAUUAUGCCCAAUCCACAAGUGGACAUCACAGCUUUUUUCAAGGGUCUGUUCUCCAGGAAUGUCAUCAACAUGUUUGCGACAGCAGAGGGUCUCUUGACUCAACAAGACCGACUCAACUCAGAUGGACUGCAGGAAGUUUUUGCCACCAACCUCUUUGGUCAUUUUCUUCUGAUCAGGGAACUGGAGCCUCUGCUGUGUCAGGCAGGCCACACAUCCAGGGCAGUGUGGACGUCCUCAAGUAACGCUAGACGCUCUGCCUUCAGCAUCGAGGACAUGCAACACAGAAAUGGGACAGAGCCCUAUAGCUCCUCUAAGUAUGCUUCAGACAUGCUCAGCCUGGCGCUCAACAGACAGAGGAAUAGCCAGGGGCUGUUCUCCUCUGUGGUGUGCCCAGGACUGGUGAUGACUAAUCUGACCUAUGGCAUCCUGCCCUCAUUCUUCUGGACUCUCAUCAUGCCCAUCAUGUGGUUGAUCAGGGUCUUCACCAACACAUUCACCCUAACACCGUACAACGGAGCAGAGGCGCUGCACUGGUUGUUUCUUCAAAAGCCGGAGUCUUUGGAUCCAAGAGCAAAGUAUCACAGUUUAACGUCAGGACUUGGGACAAACUACACUCAGCCUCGACAAAUGGACAUCGAUGAUGAAAUGUCUGAGGUCCUCUAUUCAAAACUUCUUGAACUCGAGAAAGUAGUUAGAAGGAAACUGAGUGAGAGAAAUGCUGAUAACAAAGCUCAUCAACAGUACCUCAGUGAGAUAGAGUGAGUCUUCUUGUGAUGGAAAGGUUUGGAAAUAUAGACCAUGUGCAAUAGCAGCAAUAAUUUUCUAAUUAAACUCAUCUCAGCGCUAUGUGGUUUUGGUGUCACCUGUUAUGGCGGGAAAUGUCCAGAGUCCAUUGAAUUUAAAGGGAACAUGUCCGCUGUUAUUCUCAGUCACCUGUUAGCUGUGCUUCUGAUGAUUUAAAGCACUUAAAUGCCAACUGGAUCAUGUACUUGGCCCACAUUCAAACUGAGAUGUCCAAUCAGAAUAACUGAAAAUACCUGUGUGGCCACUUUGUCUUUCUACAAAACUACAAAGAGCAUUUUUUUCAUAUUUUAAUAUAAUAAUAUUAGAAAAGUAUAUUUUACAUCUCAAAGUUGGUCAUUCACAAACCUACAGUAAAAUGUAACUAAGACAAUGUUUGUCUCAUGAACUGACCUGCCACAUUUUUACAAUAAAAAAAAAUCACAUUAUUGUUUUUCCAAACAAUAAUGUC